AUGUCUACACGACUUCGAAAUGUCUGGGUCGAGUUUUCUUCAGCGCCCGGCAUCACCCAAGGAGGCAUAUUUGCGGCAGAUACUAUGACGAACAGACAGUUUCUUAACUGUCUGCGCGUGGCAUUCACUGCGAACGGCGGAUUUCUCACCUACAAAGCUGGCUCGGCGACACCAAUCGAAGUAAAUGACCAAAUUCUGGAGCAUGGAGUUUACAGGCUAUCCCCAGUGGUGCAAGGAGAAGCCGUCACCCAGAGCAAUGAACGCUACUAUAUUCGGACACUAUCACUUUCCGAUACUUCCGGAGACAACGCCUUCAUGCGCGACGUAAGACGACGGGAUGGUCGCUGUGUUAUCACGCAUCGGAUAAAUGUAGAGGCACCAAUCAAUUGGACUACCUAUGAAGCUGCACACAUUUUUCCACUGUCACUCUCAUCUCUUUUUACUCAGAUCGGCCUAAGGAAUACUAUUGAAGACGACCUUGGAGUUAACUCUCCCAAAAACGGGAUUCUUCUCAAAUCGGAUAUCCACCAGCUCUGGGAUACUUAUUCUAUUGCCGUCAACCCUUCCGACAACUACCGUGUGCAGAGCUUCCGACCCAUUUCUGUCGACUACCACAACAUGGAACUACACCCCGUCUGCCGUGACCCUAACGACCCCAACCAUGUUCUUGAUGUAUUGCUCCAAUGGCAUUACGAACAGGCAAUCCUUGCUAAUAUGCGGGGUGCCGGAGAGGUUAUUUUUGAACAUGACUUUCCUCCUGGUACCGAUAUGUUAGGUGAGAUCAGGCAAGCUCCGAUGGCGGCAGAGAGAAUGGAGGCAGAACUUUUUGGCCGUUUAUAUGGAUAUGGCGAGGAAUCGAUGAUGUAA